AUGGAAAUAAAAUAAUAUCAAUCUAAUUCAAAUUAAGAGAUUGCCUAGUAAAAAAAGUAUGACAAAGAAAAGCUCAAUGUCGACAAAAUUAGAUCUAUCUCUCAACUAAUCUAUCAAUAUAAAUUGAGUCAUCCAGAGUUAUAUUUCUUCAAGGAUAAGCCGGAUAAAAAAAAGAAAGUUAAUAAGAAAACACUGUAGCAAGGUGACUUUAAUUCAAAGUCUGUGCGUCUGCUGAAUAUUGAUCCUAUGCAUGUAAACUAGUAAAUAAGCAAUUUGGAUGGGAGGCCAUUCAAGGCUAAGAUAGAUUUUACUCACAAAUAUAAAGGCAAAAUCAUAUUGACAAAUAGACAAGAUAAAGAACAAGAAAAAUAGGCAGUAUUAUUGAGAAAACUUACUAAAGUACGCAUGAGUGUGCAAGAUAAACCAUUGAAAGAUUUUAAUAAUCUUAAUAAAAUGGAUAUGCUUAGGGAUGAAGCUAAUUCUUCUAUGCUCACUAAUUACUUCGAUGACAUUAGAAGUCCUAUCGAGGAAGUUAACGACGAGGGAAAUUACAACUCUAAUCACUCUGCAAGAUCAUUAAUUAAAAUUGAUGUCAAAGAUGAUGAUUUUAAGCUUCCAAAAAUUAACCCUGAAGUACGCAGAAGUAUACAGUUCACUUAAUAUUUUAGUCCUUCAUAAAAGUAACAAGAAAUGGAUAGUCUCUAAGAAUCCCCUAUUAAAUCGUAAAAGGCAACUUAAAAGAAAUUUCUAUUAAAUCAACCAUCAGCUAAUAAUAAUCAUAGAUUAGGGAAAAUAGGGAAUGGGGUCAAAUUCAAAGUAAGAAGUCUUAUUAAAAAUUGUCUAAAACUAGAGUAAAACUCAUCGAGAGAAAAAAUAGAGAUACAUAACAUUAAAGAUAAGACGUUACAAGACUAUGAAAACAUUUAAGAUUUUGCAACUUACAAGUAAGAAUGCUGGUAUGAUGAAAGAAGCUUGGAUGAACAACAAAAUAACCACAUUGAAUUGAGUGAAGAUCCUAAUUUCAUAAAGUUCAAAUCAAGCAAUCUCAUCACGAGAUAGUGUAUAGCAAAUAUGUCUUAGAUUGAUAAGACUUUCGAGAAUCAUAGAAGACAAGAGAAGUGUCAAGUAAACUUCAAGUCAAUAUAGGAAUUCAAUGAAGAGUGUGUGAAAGACUUCAAGGAACAUUAAAGAUAAAUUAUUUCCAAAGUUAAUAUGGGAGGUCAUGGUGGUCUAAAUAUUUUGCCUUAGAAAAGGUGGAAUGUUUAUAGACAAGAUAACAGAUAAAAAGUUGAAGACGAUGAAAAAUUACUUCAUUAGGCAAGAGAAGAACACUAUAGAAAUCAAUCAAUUAGCAAUCUAAAUGAAUAAGUAAAAGUUUUAAAAACUUAAAACACUAAUAAUGAUGGAAGAGUCUCUAAUCAAGGUAAUGAAGAGCAGAAAGUUGCUCAUUCUUAGAAAUAAAAAGAAGAAUUGACAGAUAAUGAAAUAUAUUAAAGGGCUAGAAAGCAACUCAGAGCUAAGGAGAAGGGAGAUAAGAAAAUGAUUGAGUCAGAAUUAAUGGGUAAGAUAGAUGAUAGCUAGCAUGUUAAUUUGUUUAAGCAAGAGCAAAUAGAUAUAAUGCUGAGAUAAAAGUAAAUAGAGAAAAGUGGAGAAGUCCAAGGUAAAGAGGACUAUUUAAAGAGAUCAGGCAAUCUAGGUGAUUUAUUUAAAGAUAGACAUAGACCUUGGUAUGUGAAACAAUAAAUCCAGACAGAUGAUCAAUCAAAUGCAGCAGAUAUAGCAGCGAAUCAACCUAAAUAUGAUAAGUCAUUUGAAUAAUUUAUGAUAAAAGAGCAAAUAAAGUAAUUUAAAUCUAACUAAGGGGAUUACUGCUAAGUGCUUGAGCUUGAUAUAAAUAAAAAGUUUGAUGGUGCAAAUGCUUAAAUAUAAGAUAAAGAUCAAGAAUGUGAUUCGAUAUCGUCGUCCAGUUCUUCACAGAAAAAGUCGAAGAAGAAAGAUAAGAAAAAGACUGAUAAAAAGCGUGAUAAAAAAGAAAAAAAGAAAUUAAAGAAGGAAAAAAAGAGAUAAGAUAAAUUAAAGCUAGAAUAACUAAGAGAGGAGCGACUCAAGAGAGAGGAAAUAGAGAGAAAGAGAGUGGAGCAGCUAUUAAGAUAAAAUAACAAACUUUGA